UAACGUAGAUGCUCUGAGUUCACGCCUUUGUCUUAAAUCCAGCUUUAUAGUAUUUUUCUUGUUAUUUACGUCCUUAAAGAGUAAUUUGAAGUGGAAUUUGUACAACCCAUAUAACUGGUUUCUCUUCUGUCUAGAUGGUUACAACCAGCACGCUCAAUUGUUACCAGCAGGAUCCAGCAUGGACUUCACCGAAUUUGAACCAUGCAACUGCAUUCUUACGACAUGGACAUAACCUUGGUGUUCCAUCUCUGUAUAGCCCUUGCAUAUGUGCUGCAAAUGCAGUUUCUCCUAGGCCGUCAUGUUUCGUCCCUGGUUUGCCAAGUUCUAAGGCAGCCAAUCAGAAUGGAGUCAAAUGGCUGCCAAGCUUAGCUCCCCCCAAAAUUGAGUAUCCGAAUGAUACUAACUUUUUACUUCCUCGCUUGAUAGGAUUAGAGUCCCCACCAACUGAUGCAUCAGCAAAUUCUCAGAAAAGGUUCCUCAUUUGUGAUCAGUCUGGGAAUCAAACUAGAAUUUUCUUUAGUCAAGGUCGCCCUCUUGAAAAUGAAGUAACUACACCGAAAGAACAUGCUUAUGGUUUGUAUUAUGAGAACCUGACUGCUGUAGUGGAGCGAAGAUCUCCUGUGAAACCCAUUAUAGAAGAUAAAUUGGAGGAAAGCUACAUAAAUGGUGAAGAAAGUAGUAUGCAUGAAGACACAGAAGAAAUCAAUGCAUUGCUCUACUCUUCUGAUGGCAUUGAAGGGGACGAAGAUGACGAUGAUUGUGGCGAGGAUGAUGAAGUAACUAGCACGGCUCGCUCUCCUUGUGCAAACAAAGGGGGUUGUGGCUGUGGUGAGCAUGUACAACUGUCUGAGGAACUUACAGAAGAAGUUGCCAGUUCUGAUGGCCCAUGUAAAAGGCAAAGAUUGCCAAAUGGCGGGCACAAGAAAUGUUCAUCCAUAGAAUCUGGAUGGGCCAAUAAUGAUGAUGAUGAUGAUAAUGUGGAAUCAAGAUGUGUUAAAACAUCUCUUCCUCUCAGGGAGAAGGAUGAGGAGGAUCCCAGUUUGAACACUAGGAAAAGGAAAGCAAAAAUUCGUGAGACCUUGAGAAUUCUUGAGAGCUUGAUUCCUGGGAUAAAGAGUAAGGACCCAUUGUUGGUUAUUGAUGAAGCAAUUGAUUACUUGAAGUCUCUGAGGGGCAAAGCCAAAGCUUUAGGAGUUGGGCUCCCUCAAGAGUAUCCCCCAUCUCCUUGAUAAAGAAAAGGAUAUCCAACCCUACAACAUUAACAUUGUGGAUUUUAGGGGUAUUGUUUCUUGGAUAUUAAUCUAUUUGGUUAAAAUAGUUAAAUUAUGAAGCAUUUGCCAUCUUCAUCAGUCCUUUAGUGCAACAAGUAUUAUGAACCACCAGAGGUAAAGAUUUAGUGGAAUGUCUUUUACUUGCAAGGGGUGAAAUAAAAGGGAUUAUUUUUGAGUUUUUUGUGGAGUAAGAAAGUGUAGCAAUUUCAAAGUUCAAACUCAUGAGUGUGCAGUAAAUGAGGGACCCUUGAGAAAACCAUGGAUUCAAUGCAUGCGCAAUUGGUAAUUGAGGACCCACAAUCCACCCCCAUAUGUUUCUUGAUUUGAAUGACUGUUAUGAUGUGUUGAUCUUUCUGUUGAUCCCCACAAAGGAUAGUGAUGGCAACUACUGUUGAAGAGUAGCGCAUGGAAAAAUGGGGGGGCCUGCCCUCUAAAGCUUAUCAUGAAAAGGUUGAUUGAGAAACAUGAUCAAAUCUUGUCUUAAAGUUUGGUUUGUUCCCACUUGUGUGAGAGCUUUGGAAUGGUGAGUUUUUUGUAGUUGGAGAGAGUUGUGAGUCUUUUUCUAUAAGCGUGGUGUCUUUUUAUGAGCCUGAUGGACCCUUGUGUUUCAUGCUAUUAUUGCUGUGUGUGUUGUCUUUAUGCUUUUACUACUUAAAACUAUUAAAAUAUAGCUUGCUUCAUUAUUAUUUC